AUGCACGUGGGUACCGAAUACCCGGGGAGGGCGUCCCGCCGUGUCCGGGGCAACUACACCGAAGGCCGAGCGGCGGCUUCACGGUACCGGCCGGGCACCGCCGGAGGGGCCCAAGCCGGAGCUGGGAGAGCCGCGGCAUCCUGGAGCCCGGCGGGCGGGAGAGCCUCGUCCCAUCGCUCCGGGAUUCCUCCCAGAGGGAAGAAAGCGUCCGAGGGCCACGGCGGCCGGUCCGCCCAGCCUCAGCGUCUCGGGGAGCCGGGUCCUGGCCCGGCCUUCGGCGUUGGGGGCGCGCGGCCGCCCCCAGGGAGUCGCGGACCCAAGUCCGUCUUUCCGUCGAUCUGUCCGUCGGGGCGCCUGGCGCGCAGCAGCGCGAGAGGCCACGGGGCUCGGAACUCGAAGGAGGCGGAACGAUGGGACUGGGGGUCGGGGCUCAGGUGGGAUGGGAGCAGGGCUGCGGGGUCUUUACCGUCCGGCUCCGCAGGCCACCACCGCCGUUCCGCGCGGCUCGGGUUCCUCCACUAUUGUUUCCGGCCGCAGCAGAGGCGGCCGCCGCGCGCCUGGCCCCGCCCUCUCCCGCCGGCGCCAUCCCGUAAAGGCUGCGGGGAGGGUGGCGCGGCCGCGGGCACACCUGCGCGCUCGCCGGGCUGCUGUGGGUCCGCCCCUCCGCUCCUGCACCGACGCCGCACCUUCGCCUCGAGUUCUCCUGUGAUCCCGUGUUUCCUGGCCGGAGUUUCUUACCGUUCUCUGGAACGUAGCUCCUCACACACCCCUCCUCGAGGACAUCAGGACCCCAGGUUCUCUGGUCUUGGGACUCUGAGACUUGCACCAGGAAUCCUGCCCAGGCUCUCAGGCCUUUGGACUCAGACUGAGCUACUUCACUGGCUUUCCUGGUUCUCCAGCUUGAAGAUGGCAGAUCGUGGGACUUCUCAGCCUCCAUAAUUGAGUGAGCCAAUUCCCUGGUGUCCAAAAGAUGCUGAGGGAUGGUACCCACCAGAAGCCUUGACACUAUUCCUGGAUCUCCAUUUAGGGUCUGUGGGAUGGCAGAGGCAUCUCUUCUCCAGGCCCUGAGUGCAUUAGAAUGUAUUCACCCCUACUCCAAACAACACGUCCAUCCCCUCAAAGUUGUACACUUUUACAGCAUCAGACUUAAGUCUUAAAUCUUGUGAUAAUCGCUACAUCAUGUUUUCUCUUCAGUCCCAGAAUUCAAUCAUGGAACACGAAAGGAUAAUCUUCGCAAAGAAGAAGUUUCCUGGUCACCUACAUUUGGCCCCAAAGCCAAUACCAUGAAUUUUAGAUUUUCUUUCAAGCAGCGACUUGACUGUCAAAUCAAUUAAUUGGGGAAUUAUACUCCUCCCAAAGAAGGUGUGAGGAAAAAGUAAAUUUUUUUGCGCAGUCAUACAAUGUACCUCAAAUGAUUAAGUAGCUUGUAGUUGUGGAACUCAGGGGAAAAAAGUUUCUGUACUUACCCUGAGAAAACUGUUACCGUUAAAAUGGUCUCGUUUCCUUUGAUAAUUUUCUCAGUGCCAUUCAGGGUCCUCUUAGUCCUGGCUCCACAUGAAGUUUGCUUUGCUAAAAAAUUCCUUGCUGAAAAGAGCUGGGAAGACCUGGAACCACAUGAUAUAAAUCAUUCAAAUUUUAGGCCACAGAUAGUUAUCCUUUUAUUACAUGGAAGACAUAGAAGAGAUGAUUUUCAAUGAAGCAAUCAUGCAAGAUUCAGGAUUACAUUCAGAAUCACAAAAUUAGCAUUAUUAGUUACUUGUUGUGAAAUUGUGAUUUUUAAAUUAAAUAUUCUUACAUUCCUGUGAUUAUUAAGAAGGGGAAAGAGGAAUAAAAACUAAAAAGAAUGUCAGCUAUUGAGAGUUGUGAUUACUUGGAUUUUGUUAUUUGAGAUGCUUGUUGAUACCAUAUAAUAUGGUUUCAUAAUUUUUUAUGGAAUAUUAGAAACAAAGUGAAGGAAAUACAAAUGCAAAGAAGAACUUAACAGAAAAUUUAUGUCUAGUGGCAUUUCAUAAAUAUAAAGCUUGUUUAAAGAGGAUUGUCUGGAGUCAAAAGGUGGGCUAAUAUGUCUCUUAAUAGCAUCAUUAUGUGUUAAAAUACCAAUCAAAAGGUAAAAUGUAUGACUAAGAAUCACUAAGCAAUCAUAGUUAUAAUGCUUUUGGCGUAAUUUUUGUCAUUAUAGACUAAAAUUAUUUUUAUGCUAAUGACUUUCUCAAAAGAUGAUUAUAAAAGAAGUAAAUAUAAACUGCUAGAAA